UAUGAAUGUAUUGAAGACGGAGGAUUUAGAGCAAGAUGGUUGGAGGAUGGUAUUUAGAGGGACAUCUGACAAUGGACAUAGUGUUUACUAUGCUUGGAUUGACGGAAAGAAUUCAAAUCCAGACAAACCAGUUUCUAUGAAACGUUCUCAUGGUUUACACUAUCGGGAUAACGUCUUAGACAACUGGUCAAACCUUGAUAUCAAGCUGGUUAAAUUUGCAUUCUAUGAUUCUGACAAAGAAGUUGCAUACGUGAUCUUCAACGGGGAAGAUAGCGAUUUAAACAACUGGUUUGAUAAGAGCCGAGUUAUUGACUCGAGUUGGCCAGACUUAACUUCCACAAGUACAUUCAACUAUUUCUCAAUUAAAGGACAUAUCUUAAACUAUCUACAUGAUCGUCGUUUCUACAUCAACAGAAGUAAUGGCGGAUGUGCAAAUGACCUUGGUCACCUUGCAAUUAUAAAUUCAGCUGUAUCUAAACCUGAAUGUUUGUUUGACAGCCAGCCAUCCUAUCCAGCGUUUAUAUAUUCAAAAUAUAAUUCGGUCGACUUCAUCCAGAGGAGAAUGUUUGGUACUGCAGAUUUCAUGGUGGUUUCUAUAAAGACAAUCGUUGGCUAACUGUAAACA